AUGAGAAGACGCAGUGGACGAGGCCAGGAGUGGAGAAGACCGGUAGGAGAGUUGUCGGACAGCGAGGAGACGCCCAUUCCGUCGCCAAGACCCUGGCUGAUCGGCCAGCGGUGGGACGAGCCCCGCGAACUUCCAGCGCCCCCGGCCGAGGAGACCCCCGCCCCCAAGAGAGCUAGGAGUCAGGACGACGAGGUGACAGGCGCCGAGGAGCCGGAAAUCAUCAACAUCGCCAAGUUGAUGUCCGAAGUGCUGAGCGCGGCGCGGCGCAGAAAGGGCAUCAUGGCCGAAAAGCUCAAGCUUGUCGAAGUGCUGCAUGAGAAGGUGGACGAGGUGCGGCAGGCAGCCGACGCGCUCGAAAACCUAGAGAGCGGCAUGACGGCGGGCGAAGUCCUCAAGAAGCUGGUGGCAGAGAGCGAGGAGCUCGAGCUCGAGGCGUCGGACGUGGACGAAGAGAGUUUGCUGAAGGAAGCGGAGAGCGCCGAGAAUGGUGCCACGCUGGCCAGCGGCGGCGGCCCCGGGCAGGUGGCACGAGUCCAGGAAGGGUCGAGAGAUUCUUCGCUCUCCCCUACCCGGCCGUCGCGCGACAGGCGUGACUCCCUCGCGUCCGAUCUGGACGCGCUGGAUAUCGCGGCAGAUGAGGUUAUGGAGGGCAUCUCCCCCAAUGUCCACAUCCUGCUGUCUGACACGCCCCGUGACCAGGUGCCCCCUCAGCCGCCCGCACCCGCGGCCGCUGCCGCACCUGCUGUGGCCGUAGCUGGGCCGUCCUCUGCCAAGCGGCAGAUGCAGGUGCCACCUGCUGCAGGGCCCAAGCGCCGGCGCAAGCAGCGCAAGCCGCUUGCAGCCCCCCAAGGCAAGCCGCCGACAGCCCCCAAGGGCAAGAGGCCGCAGCCGCAGCAGCAGCAGCCUCCCCAGAGGAAGCCGCCUCAGCAGCCUCGUGGGAAGCCGCAAGGCAAGCAGCCUAAGCAGCAGCCCACCUACGAGCAGCUGAAAGUGCAGCUGACCAGCGCGCUGGCCUCUGCGCGCCACGCGUCCGAGAGGGCUACGCGUCUCGAGACGGAGGUCCGAGACUUGCGCCAGAGGCUGGCCGCGGCUCCAUCGGCGUCCCAGGCCUGGGUUCCCCAGUUGGUCCCGGGAUACGUGCCCCAGAUGCCCCAGAUGCCCAUGCCGAUGCAGCCAAUGCAGCCAAUGCAGAUGCCCUGCAUGCAACUGCCCAUGACGGGCUACCCGCCUCUCCCCACACCCCAGUGGCGGUUUGGCUGA